AUGGAUACAGAAUUUCGCGCGACACCUGCCGUGGUAUCGACAGGGUGGACACUUGUGUCGACCCAGCCAGCGCGCCGAGACAAAGGCAACAAAACACAAAGGACUUGAAGGCAGACAUGGCGACGUCAACACGGACUAGAAGAAGAGCCUUGGAGUCUUCUUCUUGGCCACAUCGCGCGGGAGUGUUGCGGAGCUGAGUGCGGCAAACACCAACAUGUUGUCUUUAUUCAGGUUGUCACGGCUGUACAGGUGAGUCCCCCCCCAACCCCCUGACCCCGACCCCCCGACGAGGGCCACCAUGGACCUGUGUGAGCAGGAGAUGGAGCGGAGGUAUGAGAUGGUGCCCUCGGUGGUGUGCUCCAUCAGCUGCCUCUUUGGAGUCAUCUACUGCUUCUUUGGCUACAGAUGCUUCAAGGCGGUCUUGUUCCUCACCGGCCUCAUGUUCGGCUCCGUGGUCAUCUUCAUGCUGUGCUACAAGGAGAGAGUGAUGGACACUCAGCUCAGCAUCGAGGCGUCGGUGGGCAUCGGUCUCGGCAUCGGGACCUUGUGCGGCCUGGUGACCAUGUUGGUCCGUAGUGUGGGACUGUUCAUGGUGGGCCUGCUGCUGGGCCUGCUGGUUGGCGUGGCUUCCCUGGUGGUCAUGGAGGAAUUUUACCAUCCUAAAACAGUCUGGGUUCCUCUUGGAAUUCUCCUGGGCUCCGGGACCUUGUUUGCCGUCCUUACUCUUCAGUGGCAGCGCUGCUUCGUCACCUUCUCCACGGCCACCUUCGGCUCGGCCGUCAUCACCAUCACCGUGGACUACUUCAUAGAGCUGUUUGCCUUGGUCAACUACGUGUUCGAGAGACUCAAGGUGGCGCCCAAGAAGCCAGUGUGCUGGUUCACCUGGGUCAUUAUGGGGGUGUGGCCUGUCCUGGCCAUGCUGGGAGUGCUGAUUCAGUGGAAAGUCACCGCCGAGGGCUUUUCACACACCGAAGUGGUGGUGAGUCGGCAGCAGAGGCGAGUCCAGCUGAUGCGCAUCCGGCAGCGAGAAGAGAAGCUGAGGAAGGAGAAGAAGAAGAAGAAGAAGAAGGUGCACCCCCCACAGUACCACCACCCCGCCAACACCUCGCAGGCGCCCAAAGCCCCGCCUCCUCACGCCGAGCCCGCCUUCCACCGCAAGCCACUCCCCAAGAAGCGCUUAGAAGGAGACGUGCUGUCAGCGAGCUACAUCCGCAGUUUCAGGGACAGACAAACGGACAGACGAGCGUACUCCCAGAGUCGAAUGAUGAGCCGCUCCAGGAUGGCCGGUCUCGACUAUGACUGCGGCUCCCAAGUACCCCUCACAGCGCCCUCCGGACCGCCGGUUCGCAUCUGAUACCUGAAAGGCCCAGACCCUCCCAAGGCUGACUGUGUGGCCAAGGUGCUCGGCCAUGUUGGAGGUUGUGUUGACGCAGCCUGUUUCGCCUUUUCAAAACGUAAAGCCACAAGAGAACCCAGAAGUGCAUGCCAUUGAAGCCACAGCACCUUGGUCGUUGGAUGGAAACCUCCGUCACGCCAUCUGAGAGAUGCCGGGAGCGCGGACUUGCCAGGUGCAACUUUUAUUUCAUGUCUGCUCAACUUGUUUUUUGUUUGUCGAGGGAAUCUGCCACUGCCUUCAGAAGCUGCAGGAUGAGGAAGUUACGGUCCAGAACAUUCCUUCGUCUUCUCUUUUGCAAGACCUUCUCAUCUCAUCUGUCGGCCCUCGGUCUCUACUGGAGUGCACUCAUAUGUCACUGUCCUCGUUUUGACUUCAUUUCAAUGAAAAACUAAUGUUUGUCAAAAUAAACCGGGUUAGUUUAUGCCUCAGCCCUCACUUAAGCCCGGGUGAAGAACGCCUUACUGACCUGUUAAGAAGGACGAUGCAGUAUUACCUGCUCACAGGUUCCACCUGGUGGUUAUCUGAGCGCACUGCAGCUAGUCCUGGACACAUUGACCAACCCCCGGCCCUUAGUUCUUCAGUUUCCUGGGAACGAGGCAUAAACUAACCCAGACAUCCUGUCCAAGUCAGAAAAAAUGAAAUAAACACGAAAACCGGUUGCCGCAUGCUAGUGUUCUGUUGAAAUGAGCCGCUUUGUCCAAAAAAAGCUACCGGUUGCAUAAUUCCAAAAAAUGGUACCUUAAAUUUCAAAACGCCAAUUUAGAUAUCAAACAACGCUCUCACUGCAGAGUGGCUAGGAUUGAGUUAUUAAUACCCAAGAGUGGUUGCACAAUCCGACAGGUAUCAAAUAAUGCUCCCACUCCCGCAUGGUAGUCAGGCAUGACUCUCGUGGUCCUAGUUCUUCUUUUCACGACAACUGCCGUUGUUGAAACCAGGGAUGCCCAAACUUUCUGCGUCCGAGCUCCAAAGUGUCCCUAAACCUAACGACCAUUUUUACCAUGCGAUGCACCCCAAGUGAGGAAACUAGCCUCACACCGCCAAAUAUGAAUGUGAGGUAGUCAGGAUCGUUCGGUCCAAUUGUGGCAGUUUGGUUCUGCACCAAAAUACUGUCAAUCAAUUGAAAAACUGUACCACUGUUGUUUUCAUGCGAGAAUUUUUCGUCUUUUUACCGUUAAAAUAUAUGGCCAUUUUGUUUCUUUACAGUUCAUCACUGUCAAUCGAAAAACAGGAACUGUUAUUUUUUGGUACAAUCUAGGCGAGUUUUCUGCAGAAACAUGGACGGUCAUUUUCCCUAUGAAUGGAAAAAACGCUACCUCUGUUAUUUCGCCGACUGAGCUGCCAGGUUUUUACGGUAAAAUCUAUGGAUUUUCUUUGCUAGCCACCUUUUGGCGGGUCAAAUGAAAUGAAACAAGGGGCCAAAUUUGGCCCCCGGGCCCCACUUUAGGCAUCCCUUGCUUGAAUGGUGAUUUAUACAGAUGAAAAUAUAGACUUCCAUUGUUAGCAUCAAUGUCAACUUCCUCGCUCUGCGAUUGUCUACAUGCUUCCUGCUCAGAAGACACCGUGUUUACAAACGACUAUGAACCUUUAGAUGCUAAGUAGCUCAUUUCGACAGAACACAGGUGGUCCUGAUCGAAGCACUGCCAUGAAGUGGUGCAGACACACCAGUGGAGAGUGAAGGGAUGGUAUGCAACGUUGAACUGUACUUAAGUCUGGGUUCCGGUGGUUUUGGACCAUACAUGUGAUGUUUACAUACCACAUGUUACAUUGAAAUGUAAUCAAGUCUGGGUUUGGGUUGUUUUGGACCAUAGAUGUGUUUACAUCCCACAUGUUACAUUGAAAUGUAAUCAAGUCUGGGUUUGGGUUGUUUUGGACCAUACAUGUGAUGUUUGCAAACCACAUGUUACAUUGAAAUAAAAUUAAGUCUGGGUUUGGGUUGUUUUGGACCAUACAUGUGAUGUUUACAUACCACAUGUUACAUUAAGAUGUAAUUAAGUCUGGGUUUGGGUUGUUUUGGACCAUACAGGUGAUGUUUACAUACCAUACAUGGACCAUACAUGUGAUGUUUGCAUACCACAUGUUACAUUGAAAUGCAAUUAAGUCUGGGUUUGGGUUGUUUUGGACCAUACAUGUGAUGUUUACAUACCACAUGUUACAUUGAAAUGCAAUUAAGUCUAGGUUUGGGUUGUUAUGGACCUUACAGGUGAUGUUUACAUACCAUACAUGGACCAUUCAUGUGAUGUUUGCAUACCACAUGUUACAUUGAAAUGUAAUUAAGUCUGGGUUUGGGUUGUUUUGGACCAUACAUGUGAUGUUUGCAUCCCACAUGUUACAUUGAAAUGCAAUUAAGUCUGGGUUUGGGUUGUUUUGGACCAUACAUGUGAUGUAUGUUUGGACCAUACAUGUGAUGUUUACAUACCACAUGUUACAUUGAAAUGCAAUUAAGUCUUGGUUUGGUUGGUUUUGGACCAUACAUGUGAUGUUCACAUACCACAUAUUACAUUAAAAUGUAAUUAAGUCUGGGUUUGGGUUGUUAUGGACCAUACAUGUGAUGUUUGCAAACCACAUGUUACAUUGAAAUAAAAUUAAGUCUGGGUUUGGGUUGUUUUGGACCAUACAUGCGAUGUUUACAUACCAUACAUGGACCAUACAUGUGAUGUUUGCAUACCACAUGUUACAUUGAAAUGUAAGUAAGUCUGGGUUUGGGUUGUUUUGGACCAUACAUGUGAUGUUUACAUACCACAUGUUACAUUGAAAUGUAAUCAAGUCGUGGUUUAGGUUGUUAUGGACCUUACAGGUGAUGUUUACAUACCAUACAUGGACCAUUCAUGUGAUGUUUGCAUACCACAUGUUACAUUGAAAUGUAAUUAAGUUUGGGUUUGGGUUGUUUUGGACCAUCCAUGUGAUGUUUACAUGAUACUAUCCUCACAAUGGUGAAAGUGUUAAAAGGAAGUUCUUUACUGAGACUAUAAAAUAGAAGGAGUCGCAACGGCACCCUCUACUGUUUAUUGGUAAAAGAGGUACUACAGCUUAUUUAGUUAUGUGAUGCCAGCUGGGACAAAACUACAUCUGUACCCUUUUGUUUUAUCUCUUGGGACUACAAACCUGGGUGCAGAAGCUGAAGAUUGCCGUGUAGGUAGUGAAAUACAUCUGGAGGAUGCUAUCCUCACUUCCUGCUUGGUGUGGAGGGUUGUCAGGAGACAUCUGGGACUCAUUUAGCUGACACCUGAACCAAUUUGAUUUAGGGAAUUCUUGUCCUUUAGUGAUAUACGACUGAACCAUGAGACCAGGGAGCAGGAUGGGUGACUGAACCAUGAGACCAGGGAGCAGGACGGGUGACUGAACCAUGAGACCAGGGAAAGGAUAGGUGACUGAACCACAAUGGAGACAGAAGGGUGACUGAAUGAUGAGACCAUGGAGAAGGACGGGUGACUUAACCAUGAGACCAGGGAGAAGGACGGUGACUGAACCAUGAGACCAGGGAGAUGGACGGAUGACUGAAUCAUGAGACCAGGGAGAAGGAUGGGUGAUGGAAUCACAAUUGAGAAAGAAAGGUGACUGAAUGAUGAGACCAUGGAGAAAGACGGGUGACUGAACCAUGAGACCAGGGAGAAGGACGGUUGACUGAACCAUGAGAUCAGGGAGAAGGACGGGUAACUGAACCAUGAGACCAUGGAGAAGGACGGGUGACUGAAUCAUGAGACCAGGGAGAAGGAUGGGUGACUGAAUCACAAUGGAGAAAGAAAGGUGACUGAAUGACGAGACCAUGGAGAAGGACAGUUGACUGAACCAUGAGAUCAGGGUGAAGGACGGGUAACUGAACCAUGAGACCAGGGAGCAGGACGGGUGACUGAACCAUGAGAUCAGGGAGGACGGGUGACUGAACCACAAAGGAGAAAUAAGGGUGACUGAAUAAGGAGACCAUGGAAAUAGACGGGUGACUGAACCAUAACACCAGGGAGAAGGACAAGUGACUAAUCAUGAGACCAAGGAGAAGGACGGGUGACAGAACCACAAUGGAUAAAGAAGGGUGACUGAAUGAUGAGACCAUGGAGAAAGACGGGUGACUGAACCAUCAGACCAGGGAGAAGGACAGGUGACUGAACCAUGAGAUCAGGGAGGAUGGGUGACUGAACCAUGAGACCAGGGAGAAGUACGGGUGACAGAACCAUGACACCUGGGAAAAGUACGGGUGACUGAACCAUGACACCUGGGAGAAGUACGGGUGACUGAACCAUGACACCUGGGAAAAGUACGGGUGACUGAACCAUGAGACCAGGGAGAAGUACGGGUGACAGAACCAUGACACCUGGGAAAAGUACGGGUGACAGAACCAUGACACCUGGGAAAAGUACGGGUGACUGAACCAUGAGACCAGGGAGAAGUACGGGUGACUGAACCAUGACACAUGGGAAAAGUACGGGUGACUGAACCCUGAGACCUUGGAGAAGUACGGGUGACUGAACCAUGACACAUGGGAAAAGUACGGGUGACUGAACCAUGACACAUGGGAAAAGUACGGGUGACUGAACCAUGAGACCAGGGAGAAGUACGGGUGACUGAACCAUGAGACCAUGGAGAAGUACGGGUGACUGAACCAUGAGACAUGGAGAAGUACGGGUGACUGAACCAUGACACAUGGGAAAAGUACGGGUGACUGAACCAUGACACAUGGGAAAAGUACGGGUGACUGAACCAUGAGACCAGGGAGAAGUACGGGUGACUGAACCAUGAGACCAUGGAGAAGUACGGGUGACUGAACCAUGACACAUGGGAAAAGUACGGGUGACUGAACCAUGAGACAUGGAGAAGUACGGGUGACUGAACCAUGAGAUCAGGGAGGAUGGGUGACUGAACCAUGACACAUGGGAAAAGUACGGGUGACUGAACCAUGAGACCAUCGAGAAGGACGGGUGACUGAACCAUGAGACCAUGGAGAAGGACGGGUGACUGAACCAUGAGACCAUGGCGAAGGACGGGUGACUGAACCAUGAGACCAGGGAGCAGGACAAGACAGGUUCUAUAGAAGCACGGUAAAACAGGAUCAUGACGGUCUGGUCAACAUUAAAAUGAGUUUUCUCCGACAGUACACACCUUCUUACACACCGCAUCCCAGUUGGAUUCACAUCUCAGUUGUGGAUCAAUUCUUGUCCCAAGGUAUUUAUACUUGUGCACAUUUGCAAUGACCUGGUUUUUAAUGGCAGUGGUCUGGUUCACAUGGGGUCUCUCCUCUAGUCCAUCAGCAUGUCUUUAGUUUCUGAUUCAGACUUGAGCUGGAGGUAAGACUCGGCGUACCAAUAAUGUCUGCUUGUAUCUCCACGUAGCAAACCCAACUAUUACUGCAUGUUUGUCAUAUUUAUGUUUACACCACACCACCUUGUGGUGAGGAGGUACAACUACCUCUCCUGUUGUCUGGUCCAUGUCAUGCCGAGGUCCUCGGUUCUUCUGUACAGACAUCAUAAAUGUUUGUUUGCCACAAAGUCACAUGACCAGAUGGUCUUCAUCGUCGGUGCAUCUUGUUUGAAGAAGUAUGGUGUGAAAGUUCUGGUCCUCAUGCGGGUCCUGGUCCAACAGGUGGCUGUUUCCUGGUCUGGCUGCAAGAGUUUAGCAGUCGGUCACCUUUGAACACAAAGUUUGUCCUGAGGCAACAACAAACUUGGCGGCCGUGACAUACUUAAAACCAGGGCUGGGCCGUUUUUGCACUUUUUGGUAUCAAUCUGAUACCGAUGCUGAUACUCUUGAACUGAAAAUGAUCUCAACUAAGGCUCCUCCCACUUCCUACGAGGCAGCCUAAAACUGUGUGUACGGUCAGGAUGUGGGCUGGUUUGGUCAAAGUCCCAGAACCAGAGCUAAAAAAAAACUGAUUCAAACCAAAAUUUUGCGUUUGUUUUUUAAAUCGGUUUUUUGAGACUUUUCCCCAGAUAGAUUUGACAGUUUUUAAUCUGAUACUUUUUAACUGAAUGAUUGAAUAAUAUUUUUUAGAGCGGUCAAUGGCUCCUCCCACAUCCUACGACCACCCUAAAACUAUCCUCAACGUUUCGCCGGCUACCUGUCUUGCUAUCCGUGGUAGCGAUGUGGGCUGGUUUGGUCCAAGUCCCUGGGACAAGGUGGUCCUAACAAGACCUUGGUUUGUAUCCCAACCAAAUGUGUUUGAUCUUGAAAUCAGUUUCUUUAGACCUUUUCGUGUAUUUUGCCCAAAUAGAUUGACCGUUUGAAUCCCAUACCGAUACUUUUUACCUGAAAAUGAUCAUUGAAGGAUAUUUUUAGAGUCCUCAAGGGCUCCGCCCACGUCCUACAGCGCCGCCUAAAACUAUUCGCAGUUUAUCGUCGGCUGUCUGGUAUCCGUGGUCAGGAUGUGGACUCGUUUGGUCCAAUCAAGACCUUUGGUUUGCAACCUAAAAACAUGGAUCCCAACCAAAUGUGUUUUGUUUGGAAAUGGGGUUCUUUGGAUUGUCUUGCCAUGAUGCCGGUUUCAACCGAUAGUCAGGAGCGUCCUAGACCUGGCUCUUCAUUUAUGUCCGUCUUACUAUUAUUUCAACUUAUUUGUGGACAAGAUAUAAAUUAAGACGAUAAAACAGUUACAAUAUGAAACAACAUUAAAAAAAACAACCAACAGAUAUUGAACUCGGUAUCGAUAUAAAGAAGGUCUGGAUUAGUUUUUGCCUCGUUAAGGACUUGGGGUUGUAGCUGCAGUACUCAAACCUUUGAGCAGAUAAUAAUAAUAAUACAUUUUUUUUUGUAAAAGCACUUUUUACAUUGAGCAAACCUCAAAGUGCUAUAGUGCAAAAAAAACAACAACGCUAGAACCACAAAUAACUGUCCCCAACAAGUCAAAUAAAUAGUAAAAAAAUAAAAGUAUAAACUGGAACAGCCAAAUAGAACAAAAAGGCUUUUUCAAAAGCAUUCACAGUCUGUGGUGCCCUCAGGUGGUCAGGGAGAGCGUUCCACAGACUGGGAAUGGUGGAGCGGAAUACCGCAUCAUCUCUUUCUGUUUGACAUGUCAAGGGAAGGCCGUGGUCGUCAUUAAGUGAGGGAGGGGCGAGACCGAGACUAACCCAGAACUUUGGGUCAGUCGCCAUGUUUUCCCACAGUUUUGACUAAAAACUGCACAACAGUGAAAUGUCGCUACUAAAAAGAGCAAACAACCUUGAAGUGCUGUAGUGCAAAAAAAAAACAACGCUAGAACCACAAAUAGCUGUCCCCAACAAGUCAAAUAAAUAGUAAAAAAAUAAAAGUAUAAACUGGAACAGCCAAAUCGCUAGAACAAAAAGGCUUUUUUAAAAGCAUUCACAGUCUGUGGUGCCCUCAGGUGGUCAGGGAGAGCGUUCCACAGACUGGGAAUGGUGGAGCGGAAUACCGCAUCAUCUCUUUCUGUUUGACAUGUCAAGGGAAGGCCGUGGUCGUCAUUAAGUGAGGGAGGGACGAGACCGAGACUAACCCAGAACUUUGGGUCAGUCGCCAUGUUUUCCCACAGUUUGGACUAAAAACUGCACAACAGUGAAAUGUCGCUACUAAAAAGAGCAAACAACCUCAAAGUGCUAUAGUGCAAAAAAAAACAACGCUAGAACCACAAAUAGCUGUCCCCAACAAGUCAAAUAAAUAGUAAAAAAUAAAAAAAUAUAAACUGGAACAGCCAAAUAGAACAAAAAGGCUUUUUUAAAAGCAUUCACAGUCUGUGGUGCCCUCAGGUGGUCAGGGAGAGCGUUCCACAGACUGGGAAUGGUGGAGCGGAAUACCGCAUCAUCUCUUUCUGUUUGACAUGUCAAGGGAAGGCCGUGGUCGUCAUUAAGUGAGGGAGGGACGAGACCGAGACUAACCCAGAACUUUGGGUCAGUCGCCAUGUUUUCCCACAGUUUUGACUAAAAACUGCACAACAGUGAAAUUUUGCUACUAAAAAGAGCAAACAACCUCAAAGUGCUAUAGUGCAAAAAAAAACAACGCUAGAACCACAAAUAGCUGUCCCCAACAAGUCAAAUAAAUAGUAAAAAAUAAAAAUAUAUAAACUGGAACAGCCAAAUAGAACAAAAUGGCUUUUUUAAAAGCAUUCACAGUCUGUGGUGCCCUCAGGUGGUCAGGGAGAGCGUUCCACAGACUGGGAAUGGUGGAGCGCAAUACUGCAUCAUCUCUUUCUGUUUGACAUGUCAAGGGAAGGCCGUGGUCAUUAAGUGAGGGAGGGACGAGACCGAGAUUAACCCAGAACUUUGGGUCAGUCGCCAUGUUUUCCCACAGUUUGGACUAAAAACUGCCCAACAGUGAAAUGUCGCUACUAAAAAAACGAAAUCCUUACGAUAAAAUGUGACUUUUUGUGUGUUUUUAUUGUUUUGUGGGUCUUUACCCAUUUCCCGGACAAAACUGGUAAACCUCCCCUGGUCAUGUUUCCUCGUCCCUGCUAAUCUUGAUGUCUCCAUAAAGAAGUCCAUAAAGGGCUUAAAAGACAUGUUGUAAUCAAUGUUUGUGAUGUCCUCUAUUUUUAUUGACAUUAUCAACAUGUUUGUAUUUUCGGGACACAUUGACAGUCAAAUUCAGAGCUCUUGAAAAAAAAAAAAUAAGGACUUUGAGCUGUAGAUACUUGUCAUGUUUGUUCUUUGCUGUUUUGGACUUGUGUUUUUGAGAAAUGUUUCUUCUGGUUUGGGAGGCGUUGACGUGAAUGAUCCGUGAGGUUUUUACUGCGCAUGUCUAUAAAUGGCCCUAUGGUAAUAAUAAAUGACUUACAUGGAA